GGAAGCGGCGCAGAGUCACUCCUCACCACAGCAGCGGGGAGAGGAAAGCCCAGUUACCGUUUGGCUGGAAGUUUUCUUCGGCUUACUGUCCGUUUUAUCGAUUCGUUUUGGAUCGAACAUGAAUAGAAAGGGGUAGAAUUGAUUUACAGUUCGGCUUCUUCGAGUUUGAGCACUUCAGCGCGGGGUUUUACCGUUAAAACAGCAGAGCAGCGGAGGGCUGUCGACACCACACUUUUGUGAAAGAGAGUUUGGGCGUGUGGCUCCUUCAUUUGAUCAACUUGUGCAUGUUUGGUUUUUGAGAGUUUUUUCCCUCUUACGUCGUUUGAAAAGAAGGCCUGGUUGAAAAUGGGGUGCACACUGAGCUCGGAGGAUAAAGUGGCUCAGGAAAGGAGUAAAAUGAUCGACAGGAAUUUGCGAGACGAUGGAGAGAAAGCGGCGAGGGAGGUCAAGUUGCUUCUGCUCGGUGCUGGUGAGUCUGGGAAGAGUACAAUUGUCAAACAGAUGAAAAUUAUUCAUGAGGCAGGCUACUCAGAGGAGGAGUGCAAGCAGUACAAGGCCGUGGUGUACAGCAACACCAUCCAGUCCAUCAUUGCCAUCAUCAGGGCCAUGGGCCGUCUGAAGAUUGACUUCUCCGACCCUGCCCGUGCUGAUGAUGCGAGGCAGUUGUUUGUGCUGGCAGGCUCAGCUGAAGAGGGCUACAUGACUGGAGAGCUGGCUGGCAUCAUCCAGCGCCUGUGGAAGGACGGAGGAGUGCAGGCCUGCUUUAGCCGCUCCAGGGAGUACCAGCUCAAUGACUCUGCUUCAUACUACCUGAACGAUCUGGACAGGAUAUCGAGCGCUGCUUAUGUCCCCACUCAGCAGGACGUGCUAAGGACCAGGGUGAAGACCACCGGCAUUGUGGAGACCCACUUCACCUUCAAGGAUCUUCAUUUCAAGAUGUUUGACGUGGGUGGCCAGAGGUCAGAGAGGAAGAAAUGGAUCCACUGUUUCGAGGGGGUGACCGCCAUCAUCUUCUGUGUGUCUCUGAGUGACUAUGACCUGGUCCUGGCUGAAGAUGAGGAAAUGAACCGCAUGCAUGAGAGUAUGAAGCUCUUUGACAGCAUCUGCAACAAUAAGUGGUUCACUGAGACAUCCAUCAUCCUGUUCCUGAAUAAGAAGGAUCUGUUUGAGGAAAAGAUCAAAAGAAGCCCUCUUACCAUCUGCUAUCCAGAAUAUGCCGGCUCCAACACGUACGAGGAGGCAGCAGCCUACAUCCAGUGUCAGUUUGAGGACCUGAAUAAGAGGAAGGACACCAAGGAGAUCUACACCCACUUCACUUGCGCCACAGAUACCAAGAACGUGCAGUUCGUCUUUGACGCAGUCACUGAUGUCAUCAUCAAGAACAACCUGAAGGACUGCGGACUGUUCUAGAGCGUGUCGUCACACGCGAGAUGAGAAUGGGACAACAUGGCAUCCUUGGGAGAAGCAGGGCUGGAGCGAGGUCAACCAUGAACACGAUGCGUUACGUAAACAUUUUAUUUAUGUUCUCUGAACAUUUUUAAAUGAUGUUUUAGGAAAAAGAAACCUUUGUGUAAAAUAUUUGUACAACUGUAAUUGUUGCUGGACUUUUUCACUGUUUUUGAAAUAAUUUGCAGGUCCUAUUUUGAAGGGUAUUUUUUCACUCUUGAGGUUUUUGGGAACAUCUUUCUUUUAUUUUCUUUUUUCCCCCCUCUCUCUUUCUACUCUAGAUAUGAAGGUACACGUGCCUUGCAUGUUUGCAGUUAAGUUGCUGUGCUUGAGUUUGUCAUCUAAGUUGUUCAAGCUGUAGCCGUAGUCGUCGAUAUGUAAUCACUCGCCUAGCGGGAGCGCAUUUUUGUAGGCAGGACCCAGAUCAUGAAAGAGCUCUAUUGUUAGACCAAAUGCAAAUUUAAAGCCGACUUAAAAUUCCAAGGUGUAUGUGUGAAGCCUGACUGACUAGAAUAGGUUACAGAGAUUCCUCCGUGUGCAGCCCUAUCCGCUGGACGGGCUCUUCCAGAGCAGCUCUGGAAUUUGCAUGCAGCAUGUGAAAUUCGCCUGUAGUUGGUAUGAUGACCAAUGAUUAAGAUACACAUUCAGAAUGAAAAUAGCUAGAGGUAGUUGGAAUGAGGAAAUAGUUUCGCUUUGGACAGUCAGCACAGUUUCAAAGAGGAACUAAA